UUUGUCAGAUACUCUUCCUUAACGAAUGUCAACAAUGCUUUGCCUGAAGUAGACUUUCGGAACGGAAAACUCGCUUACGCUUCAAAAUCAAACCUUGAACUUCUCAGGGGUUUGCUCGUAUUGCAGCUAUGCACCAUAAAGCCUCUUGUUAAAUACAACAGACAGCUCUUGGAUUUUGCUAGAAAGCUGCUUGGUAAGCGGCUUUUCAGAUACCUUCUUAAAUCCACCAUUUACGCCCACUUUGUUGGUGGAGAAAACAAGGACGAAUUAAAGCCACUUAUUUCUCUUAAUCGUAGUUUUGGAGUUAACUCAAUUUUGGAUUAUAGCGUGGAACAAGAUAUUAACGAAUCUGAGGCUGAAGAAAAAGUCAGGGAUGCCUUGGCUGAGGUUGUUAGAGAACCUGAAAUGAUACUUCCAGAUCCUGUUAUUAAAUACAGAGCUUCUUUGAAAUUUGCGGAUCGCUCCAAGGAGGUUGUGGCCGCUCGAACCUAUUUUUACGAGUCAGAACAGCAAUGUGAUCAAAAUAUGGCCAUCUUUAAACAAUCAAUUGAAGCUACAGCAGAUUCUACCCAUCAAGAAGGUUUCACGGCAGUUAAGUUAACCGCUCUUGGUCGUCCUCAGCUUCUGCUACAAAUGUCAGAGUUUCUUGUCCAGAUGGAAAAUCUCUUCUAUAUUCUGGUUGGAAGAACUAAACACGUUACUGGCACUAAACGACCGAACGAUGAAUUAUCCAUUCUUCUGCACCAUUUAGAUGCUGAGGCGUUUAGACUUCGAUUAGAAGAACUGGGUGUAGAGAUCUCCUACGAUGAACAUUUGCACUGGUUCACAUUGCUGGAUGUUUCCAAUGAUGGGUAA